AUGGCUGAGAAAUCAACUGACCAGACACCGGCGCGGGCUUGGGUUGAGUACCGUAGGAAGUCUACAGAGAACUGUAGGGUUCGUCCCGAGUGGCUCACUAGCCAUGAGCUUACCAACAUCCUUGCGGAGCGCCCGGCCCUCGAAUACAACGACUCAGAUUCCAUUCGACGCUUGAUCGCGUCGGAAGCCGGGGGUAAGCAGUUCGAGACGGAUCUUGCCUUCUUGAACAUCGACGGCAAGGACGGCGUGCGGCCUGCUCGCUUUUUCAUCCAAGCAGCGCAUACAACAAUCUCCAUAUUCGGGUGCGAUCACUUCGAGUGGACUGGCUACGCGUUUUCCAACCAUGAUUCAAACGACCUAGACUACAAGCAUCUUGUGGGGGAGAUCGAAGAGGACGAAGGGGAUGGGAACCAUGAUGCCGGUGAAACCGAUGAGUCUGAUGAGGACGAAGAUGAAGAUGAAGACGAGAUGCUUAAUGAGGAUCGGUUCGCUUCAGAUGGAAUGAAUCAGCUCUUAGAUACAUUCUCGACAAUCUGGGAUCCGCGAAGCUACGAUAAGCCUACGAGUAAUCGACAAUCCCUGGAAGACACGGUCAUUCUGAAAGAAGUUCUACAGGAGCUCCGCGUACACUUGUCUACGACAACAGCUGCGUGGGAUGACUUCAGCGGCAUUGAUGGUCAUAUGGACUUCUUCUCCGACAUCGAUAAUCGAGAAGCUUGGAUUGCCAUACACACGCUCCAGGAGUCAUUCAGAAAGCUGAAAGGACUGGAGCGAAGGCUCAGUAUUCUCGACAGACAUUGCGCCGAAUCAACAGAUGUCGAAGCUUAUCCAGCGUAUGGCGGUCGAAAACAAUGA